GUCACUUUCAAUAUUUUGUUGCAUCUAGUCAAAUAUUACAAAAAGUUGUAAAGCCUAAAGGUUAUUGCAAGAGAAUCUAUACAAAAUUGGAAUUGAAGAAGUAAGUUAUUCAGAUAUUGAUGCAAACAAGAAAGAAACUAAUGCUUGCAUGGAUUCAAAUGAAGAGAUGAAUAUAGUUAUAAAGACCGAAAAACAGACGACAGAAAAUGAACAAGAAUCUUUUGGCACAGAAAGCAUGCUUGUUAACAAAAGGGAAAUGUUUCCUGCUAAACAAGCAUUUGAUGAUGCAGGAGAAAUGUACAUUUGCAAUACAGAGAGUUUACAAUUUCAUAAAAAUGAAGGGGAGGUAACUGUGGAUAAGAUAUUUUCAGGGGAGACAACUAGUACUCUGCUUAAAACAAAUGUGAAUAAACUGUCAAAUCAUAACAGCAACAAACAAAAAGUUAAAACUAACAAAUUCAUUUGUGACCUGUGUGGUGGAAGUUUCAGUUUUAAAAGUGGUUUAUGUCGUCAUGUUAGAAACAUCCAUAGGAGCAAAAAUUCAAAAAUUGAUCAAAUAAAUUCAGACUUGAUUUCAACUAAAAAUUUGAAUGAUCAAGUUAAGAGCAGUGAUUCAUCUUUAGAAUUUUUUCCAGAGAAAAACCACCAUCACUUCAUAAAAGAUUUAUCGGAUUCUGAUAUAAAGAGAAAAUUAAAAGCAAAUGUAACAAAAAAUCAUGAUGUGAUUAAAUUUCCUUGUGACAAAUGUUCGGAAAGUUUUGUCACACAAAAGUUGUUGAAAAGACAUGCUAAGUCUCAUAUUUUUUCAUGUGAAGUUUGUAAGGUAUCCUUUGCUAGUAAAAAAGAAUUGGACCGCCAUAGAAUUGAAUCGAAUCACAACCCGACAUAUGCUUGUUCUGUGUGUUCAUCAAUCUUUGAUACUGAAAAACAAGUCAUCAAACAUAUGAGGCUCCAUACAGGAGAUUCUCUUAUUGAAUGUGAAUUCUGUCUGAAAAUAUUUAAUCAAAAGCACCAUCUUGUUAACCAUUUGCGACAACAUACUGGAGAAACUCCGUUUGAGUGCCUUCUUUGUGGUAAAAAGUUUCGACGAAAGGCAUAUCUUCAAAUUCACCAAAUGUCUCAUACUGGGGAAAAAUUAUUUAAUUGUGACAUUUGUUCUGUAAGUUUGUCUAGUAAAUGGAGUUUACGAUGUCAUAUGAAAACACACAAAGAAUAUGUCGAUAGUCGUGAUAUUAAUGAAGCUCUUCAAUAUCGGUGUGAAGAAUGUGGUAUGGCUUUUAAAAGAAACGAUGCUCUCACCAAUCAUAAAAUGAAAGUACAUACAAAUGAACGACCAUUCAAAUGUAUGGUUUGUGGAGUGGGGUUCAGGAAGGGGUCUCAUUUAGUUAAUCAUUCCCGUCUCCAUACAGGAGAAAAACCAUUUAUGUGUGAAUUGUGCGGUAAAAAAUUCAGAAGACCUUCAUACCUAAGGGAACAUGCUAGAAUGGUACAUGGUCAAGAACAACCGUUCAAAUGUGAAAAAUGUCAGAAGCCUUUUAUGACUGAAAACACUCUACAGAAGCAUCUCGUUACUUGCUCACCUGGAAAACCAAAAAGGACAUAUGAAUGUCACAUUUGUCAGAAAACCUAUGUCAAUAAAAUUUGCUUUACAAACCAUUUAUCUAGAUGUCAGAAAAGUUUAGGGGAAGAUUUUUGCAACUGCGGUAUAAAAAAUUCAGCAGAUUUGAAAUGUAAAAAUGUCACAAAAGUUGAAUCUGUUACCAUGGUUACUGAAGAAACAAAAAUAGUGAAUGACAGGAAGUCAGAUAAAAGGUCGCAAACCAUAAAAAGCGUAAAUAACAAAAGACUGAAACUAAAUAGCGAUACAUGUAUUGACAAUCAAGACAUUGAAGAUAUGAAUGAAGCAGAUGAUGAAAUUGAUAAAAGUCCCGGGAUCUCUGACAGUGAUGGAACAAAAAUAUCUUCUGAAACAAUUAAAUCAUGUGAGGACUAUAUUUCAAAUGGAGUAUUGGUAGAAAACAAUUUUACAUCUGAAACAAAUUUGUGUGAAGAAGAAAAUUCAACUGAAAUACCGAUAGACAACUUUCAUAGUGCUGAAAAUGAAAAGAAUGAAUUGACACCAUCUGACAAGUUUGAUGCAAGAGAAGCUGGUGAUCAUUUUAGCUGUAAAAGGUGUGGGAAGCCAUUUAUGGUUACUUAAGGACAAAUAGUCAUGUGGGAAGCACUCAAGGUCAAAUAUUUAUUUGGGAAGCCAUUUAUGAUUACUUAAGGAAAAAUAGUCAUGUGGGAAGCACUUAAGGUCAAAUAUUUAUGUGGAAAGCCUUUUAUGGUUUCUAAAGGUCAAAUAUUCACAUAUGAUUCAUUUAUAUUUGCUAUGGCUCAACGAAACCUGAUAUUUGGUAAACUUUUAAUAACAAAUUUCACUAAGACAAUAGUCAAGAUUCAAGGUAUAUAUGAAUAAAAAGAGAUGUACAUGUAAGGUAUAAAUAUCCUUAUUUACAUUUUGUUUGUCAAAUUUUUUGUAAAUAUGUUAUAAUAUGACUAUAAAGUAUUAUGUUUUUUGUUAUAAAUUUUAUUGUGUGAAAAUGUUUACAUGUUAAAGUUAAUUGUUUAGUUUAUUUGUUCAGAUUUUUAAUUAGAUAAAUCUAUUGUGAUGAC